AAGUGGGCUUUCCGGCCGCGCCAUGUCGGUGGUUUUCGUCCCCGAGCGCCUGCGCGGCAAAGCCGAGGUGAACCAAGAGACGCUGCGACGGCUGCUGGAGGAAAACGACCAGCUGAUCCGCUGCAUCGUGGAGUACCAGAACAAGGGAAGAGCCGCGGAGUGUGUGCAGCACCAGCACACAUUGCACAGAAAUCUUAUUUAUUUGGCUACUAUUGCUGAUGCAUCUCCUUCCCCAAACAUAGAGAAGACGACCAUAGAGUGAAAUCUUUCCCAGCACGUCUGUAUUUAGAGAAUGAAUCAGCGGACAAAGAGACGACCAACUGCAUUUGAAGAAUCUCUAACUGAAAACUACAGAACUCUGCUUCCUCUAAAAGAGGAUGUGCCUUUGCAUGAUCAGUAAAUACUGUUUUAUUUCUCUCCUUAUGCAGAGAAAAUGCCAUUGAAGUCGGUUACAGUAACAUUUCACUACGGGAAGUC